GGGCCGCCUCAGGCGCGCUGUAGCCCCGCGGGGCGGUGCCGGGCGAGUCCCAGCUCGGCUCUGCCCGCCCGGGGGCUCGUGGCACGGCCCGGAGCCGCCCCGCAGAGAAGCUCCUGGCUUUGGGGAAGGGGAGAGGGAAGGUCGCCCCGGGGGUGCUCCGGCUCCGCGUCCCGCGGGGGCGGCUGAGGUGCCCUCGGCUUCGGCAGCUGUUGGCUGCUUUCAGGGGCCAGGGUCAACGGAAGAACAAACGAUUUUCAGAUUAUCAACUUGCCUCUCCUCUGCUUGAGCCAGUUGCAUAACUGAGCAAUCCGUAAAGUGAGUGAAAAGCUGAGUAAAACGCCCAGAUGUUUUCCACUUCAGAUAAUGCAACAAGUUUCUUAUCCCCUGAUCACGUGGAAGGCUGGCUGGAACAACUUGAGAAACAAAACAUGCUUUGGGAUAAGAGUUGAUCUCUUAACUGGAAGAAGAACAGCAGAUGAGAGAGGGAGUGUGAUUUGAAAAUCUUAGGAGACAAAAAGGUUCACCUGUUGCUUCUGUUACGGCAAUGCUGCUGUGUUUCUUUGAUAAAUACAAAGUCUUACUGUCAUCAUAAAAAUGGUGAAGAAGAAUAGUUUAUGAUGUCAAAUUUCAAGCAAUCAUUUGACAUAAUUGUUACUGUGCAGUGGUAUAAUGUCAUCUUGGACCACAUUUCUUAAUGUAUAUCCAUGUUUUAAUCUUUAGGAUAUGUUUGCAAUAUUAAAAUAACUCUGGUAAACAAAAUCACUGUUUUAAAAAGUCAUUUCUUAGAGCCCUGAGGGCAAUACCGAUUAUGGGAAGUGUGUUUGGUAUAAAGAAAGCCAUUAAGUGACUGGUUGGAACCUAAGUUUGAAAAUGUUUCUAGUGUAAGCUGCAAGUAUCUUAGCAGCUGGUUUUAAGCAAGUGCAAGCUGAAUCCAAAAUGGCGCUGUAUUAUUUGUAGCCUUGAAGCUGGGUAUGCUUUCACGUCCUGCAGUUGUCACCGGUGUAUAUUCUGUACCUGUUGUGAACUUGGCAGACCCUUUACUCUGCUGGACUCGGGUUCAAGGACUCAGGUGGUAAAUUAGUCUCUUGUACUUACUCAGACUGAGAUGUUAAUGAGGACACUUGCUGGCAACACAUUUUUGGGGAUGUGAACAGCUGUUGAGAAGGAAUUUGAAUGAGAUCAACUCAUGUCUCACAGACCAUAAAAUGGCCAUCACAUAUCACUAACCUUAUGAAAGUAACAGCUGGGAUAACAGUAAAUACAAAUGCCCUGGCACGCAGUUAUCUAUAAUAUUAGCCUUUAUGGUUAGGAGUUUGAGAUUCCUUUUUUGAAAAAUUUGUUAAUCUUUAGGCUUAGAAAAUUUCAUAGCUAUCAAAAGUAAUCACUGAGUAUAGAUCACUUAUGUAUGUAUACCAUAUACCAGUAAAUGUUUCCUUUUCAGGUCAUGGAGGUCAGGUGAUACUGUGCUCAAUGACCAAGAGUUUAGAGAGAAAGCAGCGAGUGGCAGGGGUCGAAUGAUGCCAGUGUGAGUGGAUAUGGUUGUGUUACUGUCAGAGGGUAAACACAGAGGUGGUAGGUGUGUCUAAAUGCUGGUAUGGACUUGGAUUUUCUUCUGCGGCCUUGAUCAGGCUCACAAAAACAUGUGUGACAUCCUUUGAAAUCUGUGAUUUCUUGAAGAAGUAUGCUUUCCUCAACUGGGACCGAGCCCAGCACAUUCUUAGAGCAUCUGGUUUUCUUCAGAUAAAAUUGGGAGAGAGAUGAAAUCUCACUAUGUUUGUUAGCAUUAUAACCUCUCUUAACUUUGCCUUCCUUGCAUGGCAAUAUAACUGUGAAAAGAACAUUGUCUUACAGCCAUUAAAAGAUUAUUUGUAGGGAUUGUUUUUCAGUCUUGUAGCUGAAACAAGUCUAGAUAAAACUGUAUGAAACAGUAUACUGGCAUAGCAUUACAGUAAAAAACAGAGAAGAAACUGGCAGCUAGUUUGGACUGUGUACUAUACGUAGCCCCAGAUGGAGAACGUAAUUUAAAUUUGCUCACCAGGAGGAGGUCUGGUCCAAACAUUUGAACACAUUCUAUGAAUCUGCUUGAGGCAGCUACAGUGUUCUGGCACCCUUCCAGCGUUUCUGUCAAAGCAGUGCUUUUCCUUAACAGUCCUGACCAGUCUGUGUGGAAAAAAAAAAACAAAACCAAAAACCAAACUGUGUCCACAUCCCUUGAGAUACAGUUGCAGAUAUUUGCAGAGUCUGUUGUCUAAAGGCUUUUAAAGUCAACCUGUUCUUAAUUCUGACACAAUACUUCUGUCCCAUCUUAAGUGAUUCCUUUUCAGCUGCAGUGGUUACAGUGUGUUGUCAGUCAUCUUGCUUUGUAUCACAGUUGUUUAUUUCUUUUUUAAAAGACUGUAGAGAAUGUUUCUAAUCAGAUGAUGAUGAUGAUGUUCCUCUAAAAAUAUCAAUAUACUGUUUGCCUAAUACACUGACGGUAUAAACUAGGGUGGUCAGUCCCAGGUUAUUACUGUCUUUCUUUAGAAUUCAAAGUUAUGUUGAUUUUUAAAGAGCACGUUAAUAAUAAUUGUUUAAAAUUGGUAACUGUAAUUUGCUAGACUACUUUGAUGGUUAGUAAAAAAAAAUGCAUUUAUCUGUUCAUUGUGUUUAAAAACACCCACCAGAACAACCAAGUAAGCCACCAAACAAGGCUAAUGCUAAGUGGGGAAGGUUGGUUCCAUUUUUGUCUGUGUGAAUCCAGAAGUAUAGUCUUGAUUGUUUAAUUAGAGAAAGGACAGUAAAAGACCCAGGUUGCCCUUUGGCUUAUGUUUGUAGAAUCGCUGACAGCAACAGUGGCAUUUUUAACUUCCUGGUGCCAAAAAUUGGAGCUGUUGAAGUAGCAUUUUACAUCUUAAUUGACUCUAUCUAGGCAAAAUCAAUAAUUUAGCACAACAGACCUAUUAAUCACAAUGAAUAUUUUUUAGGUUUUAGUGUAGAUGUUCACAGACAGAGAACACUGCAGUGUAAUCUUAAAUUACUAGUAUUUUUAAAGGUAGUUAAGUUUUAUUUAUGAAAAACACUGUGUCCAAGGUUUUGCAUGAUUUUUUCUGAAGGAAAUUUUGAAAGCUGGCUAAGCAAUGAAUUUCUUGAAAGGACUUUCAAAAUGAAACUGUCCUUCUGAGAGAAGGAUGGCAGCCAGGGGGAUUAUAGCAGAGUUCAGCUUUGUAUCUCCAAGUGGAACCUUCUCUUCCUUGAUUUUGCUAUUGAGAAAGCCCGUUCUGCAAAUUAAGUGCAUAUGAGGCUUGUACAUGAACUCAGACUGCCAUGAAGUCAACAUUUAACAUGCCUUUGUAUUUUACUCUGCCAAUUACUUUUCUCGUGACUGGGAGCUAUUUUUAGUUUCUCCUAAAGGGAAAAAAAACCCCAACCAACCAACUUGUGUUUUUUUUAACAGUUUGUAUACUGUAUGAGCCUUUGCUUUUCCAUCUGAAUCUGUCAUUUUCUGGAAUGUUAUACAACAGAUGUUUGUCUCACUUGAAUGUGGUGUUAUUUAUUUUGCUGAAAGACAUCUAAAAGCAUUUUCACUGUUGCAGGCACUUGGCUUCUUGUGGUAUUCUGAUGACCAGAAUUUCUCCUUUGCAAGUACCUGUAAUGAGCCAUACCUUUUCAAGAACUUUCUUCAACAUUGCUGCACCAUUAGUAAAUAAAAGAAAAGAAUAUUCUGAAAGAAGAAUUAUAGGGUAUUCUAUGCAGGAAAUGUAUGAAGUUGUUGCCGUUGUGGAGAAUUACAAACUAUUUGUUCCUUGGUGUAAAAAGUCAGACAUAUUAUCGAAGCGCUCUGGAUACUGCAAAGCACAGCUAGAAAUAGGAUUCCCUCCUGUAGUAGAGAGGUACACAUCAGUUGUUACCCUAGUGAGACCUCAUUUAGUUAAGGCAUCCUGCACAGAUGGAAAACUAUUUAAUCACUUGGAAACAGUGUGGCGUUUCAGCCCAGGUAUCCCUGGUUAUCCAAGGACAUGUACACUGGAUUUUUCAGUUUCUUUUGAAUUUCGUUCACUUCUACACUCAAAACUCGCUACACUGUUUUUUGAUGAAGUGGUAAAGCAGAUGGUAGCUGCCUUUGAAAGAAGAGCAUCCAAACUCCACGGCCCAGAAACAAACAUACCUCGGGAGCUAAUGCUUCAUGAAGUUCAUCACACAUAAAAAGGAGAAUUGUAACCACCUCCAUUAUAAACUCGUUUGUACACUUCAUUUGUACGAGAGGUGCCACGCUCCUCCUUUGGGGCGUCUAUUUCCUAUCUGAGCUUUGGGUGUGAUUUUAUACUGUACAAAACACACCUGUUCAGCCAGAUGUAUAUAGAAUGUUCAAGCUGCAAUCAAGUGCAACUUAAAGUGUUACCAGGAACAGAGUUGGCAGCUGCUGUAACACAAGGUGUCUCAGGCUGCCAUUUGUUAACUUGCCAAAGGGUUUGUGUAGUCACAGUGUAAGUUCUGCCUUAUCCAAGCUUAUGUUUUUUUUCAGCAUUGUAAUGUAUUAACUCAAGUUAAGUUAUUAGUAGUGUGAAUGUAACUUAACAGCAGCAAUUCAGCCAAGUCUGGCAAAGCGAAGGGAAAUGGGCAUUCUGGCUUUGCCGAGUAUGAACAUUUUGUCAGGCGUUGGGUAGCAGGUGCUUUUAAUCCAAGUAAAGGACAAAGGUAAGUCAGGAAUCACCAGCUGCUGUUGAAUUCUGACCAGCAACUGCAAUAGAAAAAGGAACACAGCCUGAACACUCUUCAAAUUUCAGAGGUUAAACACGAGGGGUACAUGUCAUGUGUGGAGUAAUAGAAUUUGAGUGCAGGGGUUUUGGCUCUAGCCAGCCAUUUUUGCCUGCCCGGCAGGCUGAGCUUCCCUGCCAUCAGGGUAGGGUAGACGCGUCUCCUGGAACGCAGACAGGUCCCAGUUCCCACACAGCUGUAACCCACGUGAGCGUUACCUCUUUGGGAGGGAGAGCAGGGAUGCACAAGGGUCUGUAACACAGCACUGCGCUCGUGGCAGGGCUGGAGAGGAACAAGGUGACCUCUGCUUAUUGCAGCCAAGCAUGCCCAAGGCUGGCUGCCGUUAACAAACACACCUUGCAGAGCUAAACCUUCCUUCUUAGGGGUCUUUCCAGUACUGUACUACCACUAGUCUGUAACACCAGUACCAGCUGUCAAUUGAAUUCAUUGUCAAUAGUUCUUGUCCUGACAGUAUUCUUUUCAGUCUCUGAAGAAACAUGUUAAAAUCUGUUUGAACACAUUUUAAAAUCCUGUCUCUGCUGCCUUGCGUUAGCAAAUUUCCUUACUGAAAUGAGGGGAAGCUUCAGGUCAGGUGUUAAAGCAGAUCCUUUCUCCAAAGUGCCUGGUUGGUAGAGAAGAGGGUAUGAAAUACUGUAGGAAGAUACUUUUCCAGAAAGAGCAAUUGGAAUUUCACACCCCCUAUCUGGGAAGGGUAGUUCUCAUUAAGGGUAGGAAGCUGGGGGAAGUGAUAGCUGGGUUAAGAGGUCAGUUUUAAAGCACUGGGGAGUUGUAAAGCAGUUUCCUAUGUUGAGACAAUCAGAGCAGCACACCCAAGUCUGGAACAGUGUUCUGACAUUUGGAAAGCAGAGUCCAAAAGCAUGCAGCAAACAGUAGGUGGCAAACCAAGCCAUCGUUUUUAAGGUUAAAGCAGCAUCUAGUGCAACAUAAUUCAAGCUACAUGCUAGAGGAGUGGGAGGCUCCAGGCAAGGAGGUAACCACCUGCUACACCUGAGCAGGGGAAGUCUUUAAAAACCCAGGCAGGCCCUUUUCUCAGCAAAGACAACUCCCUUUCCUGGGCCCAGGGCACUUUUCCCUCCCAGGUCCUGCAAGCUGCACCAGCCUGGUCCAGCACAGGCAAAAUAACGUCAGUGCACAUGCCUUAGUUUCACAGCAUUGUUUAAUAGUGCAGGGAACUGUACUGCCCGCUCAGCACAGAGUUCUUUGCAAAAUUGAAGUCCCCAAAAUUAAAGUUUCUGAGAAACAUUCUAGACAA